GAGAGGUUUUGUUUAAGCAAUCUGUUAGUGUGAAUGAAGUACAGUGUAGAUAUGCGUGAGUGUGUGUGCUGUCUCUUCGCAAAAUCCUCAACAGUGACUAUGUCGUCCACUUAAUUUAUUUUAAUCGCGAGUGCGGGAUGUUAAACGCCUGAUUUAUACACGGUUUUUUAUCGUUCUUCGAACAUGGUUUCUUUAACAUCUCUUUUAUUUCACGUACUCACUUUCUGUGUCAUUGUCCUCGUUGCCAUUUCGACAGUACGACCUGAAGUCCGGACGGAGAAGCAACGCUAUGACGGAUGGUUCAACAAUUUGGCUCAUCCAGACUGGGGCUCUGUGGGGUCACACUUGAUUCGGAGGGCCCCCUCGGCCUACUCCGACGGGGUGUACAUGCUGGCGGGGCAAAACCGGCCCAGCCCCCGCAAGCUGAGCCGCCUUUUCAUGCGGGGCCUCGACGGCCUGGGCUCCAUGAACAACCGCACGGCCCUUUUGGCCUUCUUCGGCCAAAUGGUCACCUCUGAGGUGAUGAUGGCCUCCGAGAGCGGCUGUCCGAUCGAAAUGCACCACAUCGAGAUCGAGAAAUGCGACGAUGUGUACGAUAAAGAGUGUCGUGGGGACAAGUACAUCCCGUUCCACAGGGCCGGGUACGACAGGAAGACGGGGCAGAGCCCCAACAGCCCCCGGGAGCAGUUGAAUCAAGUGACGAGUUGGAUCGAUGGGAGUUUUAUUUAUAGUACCAGCGAGCCCUGGGUUAAUGCAAUGCGGUCGUUUCGUAAUGGCACUUUUUUGACGGAUGCCACGGGCAAAAUGCCGGUGCGGAAUUCGAUGAGAGUGCCGCUUUUUAAUAACCCUGUGCCACAUGUCAUGAAAAUGUUAAGUACUGAGAGGCUGUUUUUACUCGGCGACCCCCGAACCAACCAAAACCCCGCCCUCCUCACCAUCAGCAUUCUGUUUUUCCGAUGGCAUAAUGUCAUCGCCGAACGCGUCCAAAAAGAGCACCCGGACUGGUCCGACGAGGACGUCUUCCAACGCACGAGACGCAUCGUCGUCGCCACCGUCCAAAACAUCAUCGCUUAUGAAUACAUCCCAGCAUUCCUAGGCCAACCACUCCCGGAAUACUCCGGGUACAAACAAGACGUCCAUCCCGGAGUCACACACGUAUUUCAAAGCGCGGCUUUUCGUUACGGCCAUUCCCUGAUCCCUCCCGGACUUUAUCGAAGAGACGGUGAAUGCAACUUCGAGGAGUCUCCGAUGGGAUUAAGGCUCUGCGCCACGUGGUGGGACUCCAAUGAUGUAUUAAUUAGCCACUCUUUGGAGAAGCUCUUAAUGGGAAUGGCAUCCCAGUUGGCUGAACGUGAAGAUUCAGUUUUGUGUUCAGACGUCAGAGACAAGUUAUUCGGUCCGAUGGAGUUCUCCAGACGAGAUUUGGGAGCUUUGAACAUAAUGCGUGGCAGAGACAACGGCCUCCCUGACUACAACACAAUCCGUGCCUAUUACGGCUUGCCAAAAAUAAAAAAAUGGGCCGACAUCAACCCGAAAUUAUUCGAAGAAAAACCAGAAUUGUUGCGAGCACUUGUCUCUGCUUACGCCAACAACAUCAACAACAUUGACGUUUAUGUUGGAGGCAUGUUGGAGAGUUAUGGGGGACCUGGGGAACUCUUCACCACCGUCAUCAAGGAGCAGUUUGCGCGACUCCGAGACUCGGAUAGGUUUUGGUUCGAGAACGAGGGCAAUGGGAUUUUUACCAGAGAGGAGAUUGCGAGUUUGAGGAAAGUCACGCUGUGGGAUGUUAUUGUGAAUAGUACGAACAUCGCGCCAAAUCAUAUCCAGAAAAAUGUGUUUUUCUGGAUGAAUGGGGAUCCCUGCCCGCAGCCGAUGCAGCUGAAUACGUCCCUGAUGGAGCCGUGUAAAAUUCUGAAUGGAUACGAUUAUUUCGAGGGCAACGAAUUAGUCUACAUCUACGCUUGUGUCUUCCUGGCCUUCGUGCCAAUCCUGUGCGCUGGCGCCGGCUACGGCGUCGUCAAACUCCAAAACCGGCGCCGUCGCCGCCUCAAAAUCAAACAAGAGGAACUCCGCAACUGCGUCGAGGGCAAACUCCCCGUGGACACAAUGAUCGUCCAAGAGUGGCUCCACGCCAACCACAAACGCCUCGUCAAAAUCAAAUUCGGCCCCGAAAUCGCCAUCCACAUCAUGGGCCGAAAAGGCGAAAAACUCCGAACCGUCAACUUCAAAAACACCGAAACGGUCUACGUCGAAAUCUCCGUCGAACUGACCAAUCAAAAGAAACCAAUGCUCCUGAUCCGGGUCCCACGUGACCACGACCUCGUCAUCGAACUAGAUUCAAUCGGAUCCCGGAAAAAGUUCCUCACAAAACUGGAACUCUUCCUAACUUCGAAUAAAAAAUCCCUGAUUAUCACAGAAGUCGUGCGCGAAAUCAUGCUGGCGAAGGCGGAGACGAGCGAGCGGAGACAGAAAAAGCUGGAGCACUUCUUCAGGGAGGCGUACGCUUUGACCUUCGGGCUGAGACCCGGGGAGCGGCGUCGCAGGUCCGACGCCAGCGUCGACGGCGAGGUGGUGACCGUGAUGAGGACCUCGCUCACCAAAAGCGAGUUCGCCAGCGCCCUGGGGAUGAAGCACGACGCGGUCUUCGUGAAGAAGAUGUUCAAUAUUGUGGAUAAAGACGGCGAUGGGCGCAUCUCCUUCCAGGAGUUUCUGGACACUGUGGUGUUGUUUUCCAGAGGAAAGACCGACGAUAAGUUGAGGAUCAUCUUCGACAUGUGCGAUAACGACGGGAAUGGGGUUAUCGACAAGGAGGAGUUGUCGGAGAUGUUGAGGUCGUUGGUGGAGAUUGCGAGGACGACGAGUUUGAGCGACGAUCACGUCACGGAGUUGAUUGAGGGGAUGUUCCAGGAUGCGGGGUUACAGCAUAAGCAUUUUUUGACGUAUAAUGACUUCAAGGAGAUGAUGAAGGAGUAUAAAGGGGAGUUCGUCGCGAUUGGGUUGGAUUGUAAGGGGGCCAAACAGAACUUUUUGGACACUUCCACCAAUGUUGCAAGGAUGACUAGUUUUCACAUAGAACCGACCCUCGACUCUGAAAAAAACUACCUCGAACUGAAAUGGAACUCCCUCACUACAUUUCUGGAAGAAAACCGCCAAAACAUUUUCUACUUAUUUAUUUUCUACGUGAUAACGAUCGCUCUGUUCGUCGAACGCUUCAUACACUACUCAUUUAUGGCCGAACAUACCGACUUGCGCCACAUAAUGGGCGUCGGAAUUGCGAUAACUCGCGGCUCUGCCGCCUCUUUAUCUUUCUGUUACAGCAUUUUGUUGCUAACAAUGUCCCGGAACCUUCUUACAAAACUGAAAGAAUUCUCCAUCCAACAAUACAUUCCGCUCGACACUCACAUCCAAUUUCACAAAAUCGCAGCUUGCACAGCACUGUUUUUUUCACUGUUACACACCGUUGGCCACAUUGUCAACUUUUACCACGUCUCGACACAACCGCUCGAAAAUUUGAGAUGUCUCACAAACGAGGUGCGAUUUCCCUCGGAUUAUAAACCAGGAAUCACAUUUUGGUUGUUCCAAACAAUAACAGGUCUUACAGGAGUCUUCUUGUUUGUGAUAAUGAGCAUCAUUAUAGUAUUCGCUCACCCGACAAUCAGGAAAAAGGCCUACAACUUUUUUUGGGCCACACAUAAUCUCUAUAUAAUUUUGUACAUCCUGUGUCUUAUUCACGGACUUGCGAGACUCACAGGGGCCCCCAGAUUUUGGCUAUUUUUCAUGGGCCCUGGAACUAUUUACAUUCUUGAUAAAGUCGUGAGCUUACGCACCAAAUACAUUCCCUUGGAUGUGAUCGAAACCGAGCUUUUACCAUCCGACGUGAUAAAAAUAAAAUUUUACAGGCCACCCAAUUUGAAGUAUUUGUCAGGACAAUGGGUCCGUUUAGCUUGUACUGCCUUCAAAAGUCACGAAUUUCACUCGUUUACACUGACUUCGGCACCUCAUGAAAACUUUCUCUCGUGUCAUAUUAAAGCCCAAGGUCCUUGGACGUGGAAACUCCGAAACUACUUCGACCCCUCAAACUACAACCCGGAAGACCAGCCAAAAAUCCUCCUCGAAGGCCCCUUCGGUGGAGGCAACCAGGACUGGUACAAAUUCGAGGUCGCUGUCAUGGUUGGCGGCGGAAUCGGGGUAACCCCCUACGCCUCCAUCCUAAAUGACCUAGUUUUCGGCACUUCCACAAACCGAUACUCGGGAGUAGCGUGCAAAAAAGUUUACUUUUUAUGGAUUUGUCCGUCACACAAACACUUCGAAUGGUUCAUUGACGUGUUGCGCGAUGUUGAGAAAAAAGAUGUCACCAAUGUCUUAGAGAUUCACAUUUUCAUUACGCAAUUCUUCCAUAAGUUUGAUUUGAGAACAACAAUGUUGUACAUUUGCGAAAAUCACUUCCAACGGCUUUCGAAAACCUCGAUCUUUACCGGGCUGAAGGCAGUCAAUCACUUUGGACGCCCCGACAUGACUUCGUUUCUCAAAUUCGUCCAAAAGAGGCACAGUUAUGUGAGCAAAAUCGGGGUUUUCAGUUGCGGCCCGCGUCCCUUGACCAAGAGCGUGAUGUCGGCUUGCGACGACGUCAACAAGGGCCGAAAACUGCCCUACUUCAUCCACCACUUCGAAAACUUCGGCUAGAAAACCCUUGUGAUGUUUUUAGUGCAAUUUGUACAUAAUCUAGUGUUGUCUUAGCUCAAUUUUCCUAUUUAUAUGAAUUAAAGUAACAAAAAAAAAUUGUGUUUGUUU